AUGGAUAUUGAAUUUUGGUUUAUUUUUGCUGUAUUUAUAUUAGCAUUUGAUAUCGGAGCAAAUGAUAUAGCUAAUUCAUUUGGUACAAGUGUUGAAAGUAAAGUAUUAACAUUAAAACAAUCAUGUAUUCUAGCAACAAUAUUUGAAAUACUUGGAUCGAUCUUAAUUGUUUUAUAUUUUAAUCGUAUUCCAUUAUGGAAAAAUUUUAUAAUAACAAUUAGUGUUGAUCUUAUAAUUAUUCUUUCCGUUAUGAUAUUUGUUAAGCCAUGUUUAAAAAAAGUAUGGAAGGUAAAAUGA